AUGAUGGGACGUGCGAGGCAAAUGUUGUCGGGUUUUAUGCAAGAGUUCCGGAAUGGAUUUAUUGAAGGACAAUCAUACGAUGACUACAGAAUCAGCUCAAAAGUUGCUGAAACCACAGCAGACGAUUAUUACGAUUAUCACAGGAAUCAAGCCUACAUGCAAUACGGUCCAUUUAAACGUGUCGGUAACCACGCAACAAAUCUUCCGGAAAAUGUGAAAAUCGUUAACAAAUCAGAUCCCAAACUUAUUGAUGCACUGGAAAUGUUGAAAAAUCUCCAACCUAAAAGAAACACCAGCGAAUUAGUUAACAGAUUAGCUCGACAUCUAAAAUCGUUAAAACUGAAGUCUAACAACGACCAACAAUUUCGUUUUGUAAAUGAUGAUGGUGAUGAAGUUAAAUAUUUUCCAAAAUACAAUCAACGUCAUGAUGAUGCUGAUAAAAUUAACAAUAAAAAUUCCACGGUCUCAAAUUCGACCGUUGAGAACAAUAAAAACAUAACAAAAGCUUCUGACGGGGUAGUUGUUGAAGCUCGAAGUUCUCCAAAGAUGAAAAUUAGUCAAACAGCACAGCCUAAAAUUGGCUACGCUUACGGACCACCAGCUGGGUUACCAACGUACAAUCAACUGCCACCACCUGACUACAGUUACUAUAAAGACGGAGUUUAUCACCAUGUUCAUGACUUAAGAGAGGAAAAGCAUGUUCCAUCUGCAUCAUCCCAUCAUUCAUCAUCAAAUGGAGGCGGUGGUUGGCUUGGCUUUGACUUUGAAGACACAAUUCUUUCAGCAUUAGGAUUGGAACCACCUGGAAGAUCUUCUGAGCCUUCCGUUUCAAAAUGUUCAAAAGGUUACAUUUUUGGUAUCUUCAUACGAUAUCUUCAAACAGCAUUAGUGGGUGGAUAA